AGAUGGCAAAGCAGUGCAAGUGGCUUAGGAUUGAAAAGGCCUCUGGGUAGUAGCCAGGGAAAGCAGGGGAUCAGUGGCCUCUGCAGUGAGGCUAGGGAUGUUGGUGGCCAAUAUGAGAUAGUGGCUAUAGAAGCCCUUGAGACGGCAUAGCUGACAUCUCUCAUCAAAGCAGCAACUCUCAGCACAAGGGCCACAUUGCUUAUGGGACCAAGUGACAUGGAGUGCACAAACUGGAUAUUAGAGGGGCACAGCAAGAGACUGUCAUUUGUUGAUGUGGCUACAGGAUGGCUUGGGCAAGGCCUGGGGGCCUCAUGUGGGAUGGCAUAUACUGGCAAGUACUUCGACCGGGCCAGCUACCGGGUGUUCUGCCUCCUGGGAGAUGGCGAGUCCUCAGAAGGCUCUGUUUGGGAGGCGCUGGCCUUUGCAGCCUACUACAGUCUGGAUAAUCUUGUGGCCAUCUUUGACGUGAACCGCCUGGGGCACUGUGGCAGCUUCCCCCUGGAGCACUAUGUCGAGGUCUACCAGAAGCGCUUUGAAGCCUUUGGGUGGAACACUUACGUGGUAGAUGGUCGUGACGUGGAGGCGCUGUGCCAAGUAUUUUGGCAGGCAGCUCAUGUAAAGGGCAAGCCCACUGCUGUGGUUGCCAAGACCUUCAAAAGCCGAGGAAUGCCAAAUGUGGAAGAUACAGAAAGUUGGCAUGGAAAGCCAAUGCCACAAGAGCGAGCGGAUGCAAUUAUCAAGUUAAUUGAGAGCCAGAUACAGACUAACAGAAGUCUUACACCACAACCCCCCAUUGAGGACUCACCUCAAGUCAACAUUGAGGAUAUAAAAAUGACCACUCCUCCUGCUUAUGAAGUUGGUGACAUGAUGUCUACUCGCAAAGCCUGUGGUCUGGCUCUGGCUAAGCUGGGCUAUGAGAAUGACAGAGUCAUUGUGCUGGAUAGUGACACCAAGAACUACACCUUCUCUGAGAUAUUCAAGAAGGAGCAUCCCGAGCGUUUCAUUGAGUGCUUUGUUGCCGAACAAAAUAUGGUGAGCGUGGCACUGGGCUGUGCCAUGCGCGGCCGAACCAUCGCUUUUGCCAGCACCUUUGCUGCCUAUAUGAGCCGGGCAUACGAUCAGAUCCGUGUGGGUGCCAUCUGUGGAGUCAACAUUCGCCUCAUUGGCUCCCACUGUGGGGUGUCCGUGGGUGAAGAUGGACCCACCCAGAUGGCCCUGGAGGACCUGGCCAUGUUCCGUGCACUCCCUAACUGCAUCAUUUUCUACCCCAGUGAUGCUGUCUCUACUGAGCACGCUGUUUACUUGGCAGCCAAUAGCAAGGGGGUAUGCUACAUUCGCACCAGCCAACCGGAAAUUGAAGUUGUUUACGCCCCACAAGAGAUUUUCAAGAUUGGGCAGGCCAAGGUCAUACGCUAUAGUGACAAGGACAGAGUCACCAUUAUUGGAGCUGGAGUGACUCUGCAUGAAGCCUUAACGGCUGCUGAUGAGCUCUGCCGUCAAGACAUCUCUGUCCGCAUCAUCGACUUGUUCACCAUUAAGCCCCUGGAUGGCGACACCAUCAUCUCCAGUGCAAAAGCCACUGGUGGUCGGAUCAUCACGGUGGAGGAUCACUACCCAGAAGGUGGCAUUGGAGAAGCCGUGUGUGCUGCUGUCUCCUCAGAGCCUGACAUCGUGGUUCGUCAGCUGGCCGUGCCGUUGAUGGGUAUGCCCCAGAGUGGGAGGCCCGGUGAGAUGCUGAGCAUGUUCGGCAUCAGUGCCAGACACAUCGUGGUGGCUGUGAAGCGCAUUCUGUCACAGUGAUGCCCCAGCCAGCAUGCGCCACCUGUGCAAGUUGGCUCAGCUCCCAACUCUGCUCUCAGACAUCCUACUUCACACCUUCCUUUGAACAGAGCUGUAGGCCCUUUUGUUAGUGUUUGUUACCAAGUUUUAAGUGAGCAAUAAAGUUAACUGCAUC